AUGGAAGGGGAAAUACACGGGAAUGCUAAUGAGAGGUUGGUACACGCAGUCAUGACGAAAGAUAGAAUCAAAAUCAGGAAGUCCAUGAAACACGCCCAUGGCGCCGCUGCAGUGGAAGAUGCCGUUGGGAUCACUGAGCUGCGCACAAUACACCGUUGCGGCACCGGAGCGGAGGAGGAACGAGGCCUGCGAUUGACAGGAUUGAUGAAAUGGUCCCUUGAUGAUUUCAUCGUUCAGGAGGUAUGGCCCGAUGGUUUCCUCAGCCAGGUGGAAGAAAAAGAGGUAAGAAAGAAAACAGCAACCGCUUUUGUUUUGCGUGUAAUUUCUGAGGGGAUUCCAGACACGGCGAUCGCCGCCUUCAUUGAGGGGCGGUGCCCCCACAGGGCGUCGCUUCAGUUUCUCACACCAUUGGAUUUUACCUCUUCUCAAGAGCGCUUUGUUUUGUUGCACUCACCUUCUCGAGAAGUCAGGCAUGUCUUU